GCCAACACAGCCACGCAACUCCCGACGCCACGCCUAUUAAAGGCUAGCCUGCCACCGCCGUUCCCUCACGCUCGAAUUUGGCGAGACAGAGAGAUAGAGAGGGAAGAGGCCUUCAGAAAACAGUUGGAGAGGUGGAGAGAGGGGAAGGAAAUAAAAGCUUUGAUCGAUAAGAUGGCGACGGAUGAGAGCGCGACGCGAGGGAACGAGGAGGAGUGCCGGGUGGCGCUGCUGGACGGCGACGUGAAGGAGGAGUGGCAGGUGGUGGCCAACGGCGAGGGCGAUUCUUGCGGUAAGCUCGGGCGGAGGGCAUGGGAGGAGUCGAAGAAGUUGUGGGUGAUCGUGGCGCCGGCCAUCUUCAGCCGCGUCGUCACCUACGGCAUGAACGUCAUCACGCAGGCCUUCGCCGGCCACCUCGGCGACCUCGAGCUCGCCGCCAUCUCCAUCGCCAACACCGUCGUCGUCGGCUUCAACUUCGGCCUCAUGCUUGGCAUGGCGAGCGCGCUGGAGACGCUGUGCGGGCAGGCGUUCGGCGCCAAGAAGUUCCACAUGAUGGGUGUGUACAUGCAGCGGUCGUGGAUCGUGCUCUUCAUGUGCGCGGUGCUGCUGCUACCCAUGUACUUCUUCGCGGAGGACGUGCUGCUGCUGACGGGGCAGCCGCCGGAGCUAUCGGCGAUGGCGGGGAAGGUCUCCGUCUGGUUCAUCCCGCUGCACUUCUCCUUCGCCUUCCUCUUCCCGCUGCAGCGCUUCCUGCAGUGCCAGAUGAAGAACUUCGUCAACGCCGCCGCCUCCGCGGUCGCGCUCUGCAUCCACAUCCUCCUCAGCUGGCUCUUGAUCUCCAGGUUCCAGUUCGGGCUCGUCGGCAUCGCGCUCACCCUCAACUUCUCGUGGUGGGCGACCGCGGCGAUGCUAUUCGCCUACGUAUCCUGCGGUGGAUGCCCGGAGACGUGGCACGGCUUCUCUGUUGAGGCGUUCGCCGGCAUGUGGGAGUUCGUCAAGCUGUCCUCGGCGUCCGGUGUCAUGCUAUGCUUGGAGAACUGGUACUACAGAAUCCUCAUCUUGCUGACUGGAAACCUCAAGAACGCGGCUAUUGCAGUGGAUGCGCUCUCCAUCUGCAUGACAAUUAACGGGUGGGAGAUGAUGAUUCCACUGGCAUUCUUCGCGGGCACCGGUGUGCGUGUGGCCAACGAGCUCGGCGCCGGCAACGGGAAGGGCGCUAGGUUCGCGACGAUCGUGUCAUCGAUGACCUCGCUGGUGAUCGGGCUCUUCUUCUGGGUGCUUAUCAUGGGCCUCCAUGACAAGUUUGCGCUCAUCUUCACCUCCAGCUCCGUAGUGCUGGACGCCGUUGAUAAUCUCUCCAUCUUGCUGGCCUUCACCAUCCUCCUCAACAGCAUUCAGCCCGUCCUCUCGGGUGUUGCUGUUGGGUCUGGAUGGCAAUCCAUGGUGGCCUAUGUCAACAUCGGCUGCUACUACCUCAUCGGCAUACCCAUGGGCAUCCUGCUUGGGUGGCUCUUCAAACUUGGUGUCCUGGGAAUCUGGGCAGGCAUGAUCGGCGGAACCGCUGUCCAGACGCUCAUCCUGGGCAUCAUAACUGUUCGCUGCGACUGGGAAAAGGAGGCCCUGAUCGCAAGCACGCGCAUGGACAAGCUGUCGCAAGUUCGGUGAGAGCGGAAUCUGCUGUGUGCAUAGGAGCAGCGUUGUAUUUGUUUGGAUGGUGUGUUGAUUUGCGCGUGUUUAUCCUCGCUGCUGCGUCCUGAUUGAUCCCCAAAUUUUGCCGUCUGGAAGAACAAGAUGCUCCAGAGAAACUAAGUAACAGGACAGCUCGUGUGCAGCUUGAUCCAAGACGGAUGCUUCGCUUGGCUCUGAUAGCUUGGGAUUUCGCUUCACGGUACAGUACAAAUUUGUAGCCUUCGUCCUCCGGUCACCACAGUGCAUUUCUUCUCGUGUCAAUGCGAUGUAACACGAGCAUGGCAAGUUGAGAGCAAAUGAAAAACUGAAUUAUUGGGCUGAUACGAAGGAAUCGAAUCGUGUCUCUUGUUUUC